UGCUGCCUUCGCCAUCGCCAUCGCCUUUUCCGCUGGUGUAGAGACACAAAAGUUUUCCCAUUGUCUGAGGUUUCGUGCAUCAGUCAGCAGUCAGCAUCCAGCGUUUAAGGGCAACACACACAGCAGUUGUUAAACUGUUGUUUUCGUUCUUUUGCACAAGAAAAAGCUCUACAUUCUCCACAGAUGUUUACCCAUCCUAGGCAGCUGUAUCAGAAUUGGCACAAGCAACAACAACAACAACAAACCCCUCAGAGAGUUGGGGCGUGUGUAUAAAACGGAACUUCUGAAGUUGCAUAAUAAUUAUUUACAAACAGCACAUGGAAGUUUCUGCUGUUGUUGCUAUUGUGUUCAUUGCUGUUGUUGUUGUUGCUGGUUGAAUGCUCGCUUGCCAUGGAAACGUGUCGCACCUGUGCGAAAUGCGAUUUCGACAACAACUAUUGGCUGGACUUGUUCCAUCCAACUCCAACGCGUUGCUGGCAAAGCGAAAUAGCAAUAGAAAAUAUUGAGAUACUGAAGCAAAUACGUUGCGAGUUCGCAAAUUGGAAACUAAAGAUAUUUCCAAAUGAUGGAUUGCCGCAGAAAAUAUGUACCGAUUGUUUUACGAAAUUUUGCUCAAUUUAUACGUUUCGUAUGGCCUGUCAGGAUGCGCAGCUAAAGCUGUCGAAUAUUUACGAUAAAAUCGAUGCGAGUAGCUUGGAGGAUAAGACCGAAGACGAUGAAGAGGCCGAAGAUGUUGCAGCAACUGCCACCUCAAAUGUAUUGCAGCCAACAACUGAAACGGAGACAGCAACAGUUGAUGGUGCAACGAUGGCAACGACAAACGCAGAUCAUAUUUCUUUAGAUCAGCAUUUUGGAAUAUUUGCGGAAGCCAUAGAAGAGACAUUUGAUUGUGAAAAUGCAACAGUUGACGAUAAAGUCGCAAUUAAUGAGAUUACGUAUGCCUGUAAAUAUUGCUAUAAGCCUCAACAGAGCUAUCAACUCCAACAGGAGCUCCUGGAACACAUAAAUGCUGUUCAUGAUCCACAGCAGCCUUACAAUUGCAUCGAAUGCAAUGAAUGUUUUCAGGAUGCCGCCUCACGGACAGUACACAUAAAAAGCGCCCACGUGGAGAAGCAUUAUGCCUGUGAUGUGUGUGGGAAGAAGUAUGGGGAUCGUCAUAAUUUGCGCCACCACGUGGAGAAGUAUCAUACGGAAACGGAUUUUGAGUGCAAUAUGUGUGAGAAACGUUUUUUUACACGCAAAAGUCUCAACUACCACAUGAAGUGGCAUAAUCCGGAACGCCAACUCAAGUGUGGAUACUGUGAUCGUCUUUUCAUCAAUCAGCGACAUCUAAAGUGUCACGAGGAAACCCACACGGGUACGAGGAAUACCGAACACUGUAGUUUUUGUAACAAGUCUUUUAUACAUCUGAAGACAUUACGGUGGCAUAUUUAUAAACAACAUGGUGGCGAGAAACCCUUCAAGUGUGGCAAUUGUACGGAGGUUUUUGCUUCCUAUGCGGAAAAACGGAUUCACAUGCUGGAGAAGCAUUCAGAAAACUUGACCGCCAUAGAGCGAAGCGAGUGUAUGUUGUGUCGGCAGCAAUAUUUGAAUGAACAGAAGCUGAUCCAGCACAUGAGUGAGGAGCAUCUGAAACGGAAGGCUGCCACGCCCAUUAUAGCCAACAAUAAGCGGGUGCUUCAGCAGAAACGGGAGCGUCAUUAUUCGGGUCUCUUCCAAUGCGGAAACUGUACGCAGCGCUUUAAUAUGAAAUCGGCUUUGGAGCGUCAUUUGGCAGUUCACUCCAUAGAUCGUCCCCAUCCUUGUCCACAUUGUUCGAAGCGUUUUAAGCGGCCACAGGAUAAAAAGUGGCACAUGAAGACUCACGCUAAUGAGAAGCCAAAUGUUUGUGAUGUGUGCGGAAAAUCGUUUGCCCUGAAAUAUGUUCUCACACAGCAUAUGCGAAGUCAUGAGGUGCUCGAGAAGAACUUUAAGUGUCAGAUAUGCGGUCGGGCCUAUUUAUUUGAAAAGUCUCUGCGGUUACACGAGCGAGUACAUACGGGCAAAACCUAUUAUAAAUGUGAUUUGUGCCAGGAAUCUUUUGUAACGCACAUCAAGUUCAAAACUCACAUGCAAAAAGCUCAUGACGAUGCACGCUCAAAGGAUUAUCCGCUAGAUGAGUUGAUAAAUAUUGUGAUUUCCUAACUCACUACAUGCUGCAAACGAAUCGCAGGACGUUCUUCCUUUUUAUCGAAUCCUAAAACUAAAAUUAGAAACUUUAUCAAUACCCUCCAUCAAAUUCUAGAAGUAGUUAGCCCAAGUGCACAUCAAAGUUUAACUACUAAAUCUUCCAUAAAUUUAAACGUUUAUACUAUCUAAAUGCACUCUCAACUAUCUAGUAUAUUUUAAUACAUACACGUAUAUAAAAAUGAUUCGAAUAUAAUGUAAACGACCACUGGUGACCAUUUUGGUGAUAGAAUUAGCAGAAGAAAGCUUUGAAAGCAAUAUAGACAAAAGGCAAGCACACAUAUAUAGCUCAAAAGAAAAAGCAUAUGCAUUUAUUAAGAAACAAAGAUUGUAUUUACAAAACAAAAAUAAAAACUUGAAAGAAUAAA